AUGGCCAACUCGAGCAUCGAGGAGGUCGCCUCUGUGGGCCACCCCUUUGCGCUGUUCCAGCUUUACGUAAUCAAGGACAGGGCCAUAGUAGAGGGCUGGGUGCGGUCCGCCGAGCGGCUGGGGUACAAGGCGCUCGUUAUCACGGUGGACGCGCCGAGACUGGGGCGGCGCGAGGCGGACGAGCGCAACAGGUUUGCGCUGCCCGAAAACCUGGGGAUGGCGAACCUGAACGUGCUCGCCGAGAAGCGCAAGCGGCAGCAGCAGCAGGAGCAGGCGCAGCGGCGGCAGCAGGGCGGCGACGACGGGGCACUGCUCAACGCGCGGGCGGCCGACGGCGGCAGCGGCCUGUUCCAGCUAUUUGCCAAAGAGGUGGAUGACGCGCUUACAUGGGAGGCGAUCCCCUGGCUCAAGACCAUCACCACCCUCCCAAUUUUUGUGAAGGGCGUGCUCGCGCCGGAGGACGCGCAGCUGGCGCUCAAGCACGGCGCCCACGGCAUAAUCGUGUCCAACCACGGCGGCCGCCAGCUCGACUACGCGCCCUCCGCGCUAGACGCGCUGCCGGAGGUGGUGGAGGCGGUGCGCGGCAGCGGGGCGCCAGUGCUGAUGGACGGCGGCGUCAGGCGCGGCACCGAUGUAGUAAAAGCGCUGGCGCUCGGCGCCAAGGCGGUCCUGCUGGGGCGGCCCGUGCUGUACGGGCUCGCCCUGUCUGGCCAGGCGGGGGUCGAGAAGGUCCUGGCCACGCUGCACAAGGAACUGGAACUGGCCAUGGCGCUCUGCGGCGCCACGCGGGUCGAGGAGCUGGGGCCGCAGCUGCUCCUGCAAGUCGGGGCUGGGGGAGGGCUGUCGCGGCGGCAGCAGCAGCAGCAGCAGCAGCAGCUGCAGCAGCAGCUGCAGCACCAGCACCAGCGGCAGCAGCAGCUUCGGCAGCCGCCGCCGACCCCGCUGCAGCACCAGCAACAGCAGCAGCAGCAGCAGCAGCAGCAGCAGCAGCAGCAGCCGCAGCCAAGCAGCCCCGAGGCAGCCGCCGCGGCUGCCGCGCUCCUCUCGGCGCUCGGCGGCGGCCUGGCAAAGGGGAGCGCAAGCAGCGGCGGUGGCGGCGGCGGUGGCAGCGAUGGCGGCGGCGGGGCCGGCGCCGGCGCCGGCCGUGGCGUCAGCAACAAAGACGCCGCGGCAACUGGCGGCGCCGUCGUGCCGCCCAGCAGCAGCCACCCGCUGCCGCCAUUGCGGGCCCAGCUCACGCCGCGCGCGCUUGGCGCCGGCCUGGCUGUGGGCUUCGUGUUUGCCCUACUGGCCGCGCGGCUGGCGCGCGUCUCCAGCCUCGUGCCCUCUUUCCAGGUCGCGGCCGCCCUCGUCUGCGCGGCGGCGCUGCGCUGCUUCGUGCGGGUCCUGGGGCGCGACCUGUCGUGCAUCGAGCCGCUGAAUGCUCAGGAGGUGGCAGUGGCGUCCACCGCAGCCCUGGCCGUCGCGGGCAGCGUGGCCGCGGGCGGCUACAGCUCGGUGCUGGGGGCGCUUUCGGCCGCGGCGGCGCGCGGCAAGACGGCCGGCGGCGGCGCCGUGGCUGUGGGCGACGCGGUGUCUCUGAGUUACGGGCAGGGCGUCGCGUGGCUGUUGUUGGUUGGCGUGUCUGGCGGGCUGCUGGUGGUGCCCUUCAGGCGCGCCCUGCUGAAGAGGGCGAGCAUGACGUUUCCUACAGGUGCUGCCACCGGUCACCUCAUCAACUCCCUGCAGACGCCCGGCAUGACCCACCACGGCCGCCAGCAGAUGGGGCGCUUCACGCAGUGGUCCGCCAUCUCACUGGCGGUCAGCGGGUACCAGUGGGUCUUCAACAACCCGCAAUGCGACGGGUUUGCCAACUUCCCGACGUUUGGCCUGUCCCUCGCCAAGUGGGGGUGGCUGUUUGACUUCCAGAUGCCCCUCGUCGGCAUUGGCCUCAUGGUGCCCCUCAGCGUCGCAUGGAGCAUGCUGGCGGGCGCCCUCAUCUCAUGGGGCGUCAUGUGGCCGGUCCUGAAUUCUAAGCAGGGCGAGUGGUUCCCAGCCAACCUGGCAGCCUGGGACGUCCGCGGCCUGUACGGCUACCAACUGUCGCUGGCAGUGGCCCUAGUUGCAGCAGACGGCCUGCACGCGCUAUGCUACGCCGCCGCCGAGUGGCUGUUCGCACGGACGGCGAGCGACGGGCGCCGCACCUGCGACGGGGACGGCGGCAGCCGGUGGCGACGGGGGGCCGGGAAGGCGAAGGCGGCCGCGGCUGGGACCUCGGGACCUCCGGCGCGCGUCGCACGGCGACACGGCAAGGCCGCCGCGGGCGGCGGCAGCGGCGGUGACAGCGGCGGCAGCGGCAGCGGCGGCGGCGGCGCGGGGCGCCGCGCGGCGGCGCGGCGGGGGUGGCAGGCGGAGGCGCUGGCUGCAAUAGAGAACGACGCCCUGUCUGACGCAUCAAACCUGCAGUUCGGCCUGGCCUCAGUUGAGCGCGGCCUGCGGCGCCACGUGUUCAUGUCCGAAGACAUGCGCCUCCUCGCCCCCUGCGCCGCGGCAGCGUCCGCGGUGCUGCUCGUCGCCGCCGUUUUCGCGCUGCCGCCGCUGCUCGCACCGCUGCAGGGCGUGCGCUGGUGGCACCUGCUGGCGGCCGCCGCGGCGGCGCCGCUCGUAGCGCUCGCCAACGCGCGCGCCGCCGGCGCGACGGACGUCGCGUUCGCGCCGGCGUUCGCGUCAGCCGCGGCCGCCUUGGCCGCUGCGUGGGCCGGCACUGCCGGCGCGGGGCUCGCGGCCGGCGGCCUCGUGCUGGGUGUCACCCAAUCGGCGGCCCAGAUGGGCUACAGUUUUGCUGCCGGGUACACGGUCAUGGCGUCGCCGACCGCAGUUUUUGCCGCUCACAUCCUCGGCUGCCUCAGUGGCGCCGUGCUCGCGCCGCUGGCGCACCUGCUUGUGUCGUCCGCGCCGGCCGCCGCCGCCGGCCUGCCGUCGCCGCUCGCGGCUCCCGUGCUCGCGGCGGCCGACGCGUUUGCGGCGAGCGGCGCGGGUGCGCUGCCGGCCUACGCGACGUGGCUGGCGCUGGCGGCGCUCGUGGUCGGCCUGCUACUGGCGGGCGCGAGAGGAGCGAUGCGCUCACGCGUGCGCGCGCUGGUGCCCAUGCCCGUCGUGAUGGGUGUGAUUUUCCUGUCUGGCGCCAACAUCGCCGUCGGCGUCGCCGUCGGUGCCGCUAUCCGCGUUGCGUGGCGCUGGCGCCACCCGCGCGGCGCGGACGCGUACGCCGCCCUCGUGGGCGCCGCGCUCGUUGCCGGCGACGGCGUGUGGGCGGUUGGGCGUGGACUCCUGGCGGCGUUUGGCGCGCAGGCGCCCAUUUGCAUGAGCUUCUCGUACACGCGCGCGUCGGCCGCGUCGCCCGCUGUUUCCGGGUGA